CGUACUGCCUCGCGGUUAGGACUCGACAAGUAGAUCUCCAGGGAGAAUGCCGCCACGUAGAGGUACACGCCGAGGAGGUGGUAGGGGAGGCAGAGGAGCCGGUCGUGGCCAGCCGGAGGCGCCACCUGUUGCACCGGCAGUCGACCCAAACGCACCGGUCACCCAGGCGGAUCUCGCCGCGAUGGAGCAGCGUUAUCAGGACAUGCUGCAAGCUGCUUUGGCGCCUUUCCUUGCCGCCCAGCAGAACCAGGCCGCCCCUGUUCAGGCCGAGGCCGCCCCUGCUCAGGCCCAGGCCGCCCCUGUUCAGGCUCAGGCCGUCGCUCCUCCAGCCCCUGAGGAAGCUCAACCAGUACCAGUUCAACUGUCGGCCGAGGCGAAACACUUACGGGAUUUCAGGAAGUAUAAUCCCAAGACCUUUGACGGAUCCAUGGACAACCCCACAAAGGCCCAAAUGUGGUUGACGUCCAUAGAGACCAUUUUCCGGUACAUGAAGUGCCCAGAAGACCAGAAGGUGCAGUGUGCAGUCUUCUUCUUGGAGGACAGGGGCACCGCCUGGUGGGAGACCGCGGAGAGAAUGCUAGGGGGCGAUGUAAGCAAAAUAACAUGGGAGCAGUUCAAGGAGAACUUCUAUGCUAAGUUUUUCUCCGCCAAUGUGAAGCACGCCAAGCUGCAAGAGUUCCUAAACUUGGAGCAAGGCGACAUGACGGUGGAGCAGUACGACGCCGAGUUCGAUAUGCUGUCCCGCUUUGCUCCCGAUAUGGUAAGAGAUGAGGCUGCCAGGACGGAGAAAUUUGUUAGAGGACUCAGGCUAGACCUUCAGGGCAUUGUCAGAGCCCUCCGCCCAGCCACGCAUGCUGAUGCACUACGUAUAGCACUGGAUUUGAGCCUGCCUGAGAGAGCCGAUGCGUCUAAGGCUGCCGGCAGAGGGUCAGCCUUGGGACAGAAGAGAAAGGUUGAGACGCAGCCUGACGUAGCACCGCAGCGAACACUGAGGUCAGGAGGUGUCUUCCAGAGACACCGACGGGAGCUUGCAGCAGCCGGGAGGACUCUGAGAGAGCUACCCGCUUGUACUACCUGCGGGAGAGUCCACGGAGGUCGUUGCUUGGCUGGAAGUGGAGUCUGCUUUAGGUGCAGACAGCCGGGGCACACUGCUGAUAUGUGUCCUCGGAAACCCUUUGAGACGACACCGCCCCAGCCUUCUGCGGCCCAGCAGGGGAGAGUUUUCGCCACUACCCGGCAGGAGGCCGAGCGAGCUGGCACUGUGGUGACAGGUACGCUCCCAAUUUUGGGGCACUAUGCUUUUGUGCUAUUUGACUCUGGGUCAUCCCACUCGUUUAUAUCCUCCGUUUUCGUUCAGCAUGUGGGUUUAGAGGUAGAGCCUUUGGGUAGUGUUUUGUCGGUUUCUACUCCAUCUGGGGAGGUCCUGUUAUCCAAAGAACAAAUAAAGGCAUGUCGGGUAGAGAUAGCGAAUCGUAUGUUAGACGUGACCUUGCUAGUGUUAGACAUGCAGGAUUUUGAUGUGAUACUAGGCAUGGAUUGGCUAUCAGCCAACCAUGCAAAUAUAGACUGUUAUGGCAAGGAAGUUGUCUUCAACCCUCCCUCCGAGGCUAGUUUCAAAUUCAGGGGGGCAGGCAUGGUAUGUAUACCCAAGGUCAUCUCAGCCAUGAAGGCUAGUAAACUACUCAGCCAGGGUACUUGGGGUAUUUUGGCAAGCGUAGUGGAUGUGAGAGAGCCGGAAGUUUCCCUAUCUUCCGAACCAGUGGUAAGAGAGUACCCCGACGUUUUUCCAGACGAACUUCCAGGACUUCCGCCUCCCAGAGAAGUAGACUUCGCUAUCGAGUUAGAGCCGGGCACUGCCCCAAUCUCGAGGGCCCCUUACAGAAUGGCUCCAGCCGAACUAAAGGAGUUGAAGGUCCAGUUACAGGAGUUGCUGGACAAAGGCUUCAUCCGGCCCAGUGUGUCGCCUUGGGGAGCCCCAGUAUUGUUCGUGAAGAAGAAGGAUGGGUCAAUGCGCCUUUGUAUUGACUACCGAGAGCUGAACAAGGUGACAGUCAAAAACCGCUACCCCUUGCCCAGGAUUGAUGACCUGUUCGAUCAGUUGCAGGGAGCCACCGUCUUCUCCAAGAUCGACCUGCGAUCAGGCUAUCACCAGUUGAGGAUUAGGGACGGUGACAUCCCCAAGACGGCCUUUUGAUCGA